AAGUUCCGACGAGCAACAGACGGUCGACAGCUUUGUAAAUAUAUAACAGCACAUCUUAGAUUUACGAGUCUUGACUUUUAUGUGUUGCUUAUAAUAUUUGCUACUGACUCAGUUAAGUAACGCUCUGACAUUACAUUUAAUGUAUGUUUAUUUUUUUUCUAUAAUAAUAAUAAAAAAAAGCUUUAAGCAGUAGUAGCCUUCAACCUCAAGUCUGUCAGAAACAGUUCCCGCAACAGCCAGACAUGGAGAAGACAUGAUGAGAGCCAGGUGCUUUUAUUUCUGAGCGCAUAAGGUUUAAUUAUCUCCUGUGUGUUGAUCUUUCAUCAUAUCGAGAUGAAUUUCCUGCGUAAUCGUCUCGUUAUGCUGGGCCUGAUGUUGUUGGCCACAUUGCUGCUGUACCUGCUGCUGCCAUCCAUUCGCCAGGACAACAUGGAGCCAUCCAACGAAGCUCGAACAAUCGGGCUGGUAGGAGUUGCUGGUCCUGCCGGACCACCGAUCCUCAAUGUAUCCAUUCGCACUGGACAGCUUCCCGGAGACCCCCCACUGUUUUUCCGAGAAGCUUUACCUGUGGAUCGGGAGGGGCAGCAGAUACUACCAAAGCUGCAGAUGGUCCUUCUGCACGGCCAGGCUUUUACGUCCAAAACCUGGGAAGAACUGGGAACCAUGGCUGUGCUAGCAGCUAAUGGAUAUCAGGCCUUAGCUAUGGACCUGCCAGGUUAUGGGAAAUCGCCAGACUCCGAGGCUCUAAAGACAGAGCAGAAUCGGGUAGACCUCAUCUCGCGGUUCAUGGAGUCACUGGGAGUCAGGGCGGCUGUCCUACUGAGUCCCUCCAUGAGUGGACAUUACUCCAUCCCUUUCUUCAUGAAGAACAGCGCUCAGCUGCGUGGCUACGUCCCCAUAGCACCAGUUGGUACCCGGAGUUACUCUGCUCAGCAUUACAAAAAAAUCCAGACUCCCACUCUAAUUGUUUUUGGCGCCUUGGACACAAAUCUGGGUGCCCAGUCUCACAAGAACCUCAUCCAGCUUCCCAAUCAUGAGGUGCUGAAAUUAGAAGGAGCUCGGCAUGCUUGUUACAUGGACAAACCCCACGAAUUUCAUCAAGGUUUGAUCAAAUUCCUUGACAAACUCAAGCAAGAUAUAUAGCAGAGGGAGGAGAAGGUGUUUAAAAAUGUGAACAAAAGAUGAGCAAGGAAAAGGAAAUCCGACGCUUUAGAGAUGACAAAAGGUUUUAAGAUCUUUCUUUUUCCUAUCAACCCUUAGAAAGAGAAAAGGGGCAUCACAGGGGAUUUGGGAGAUUAUAUCAGAUGUCAAUGUUAUGAAUGUAAUGGGUUGUAAGUUAAAUCGCCCUGGAAAUAUGAGACCAGCUUAGCACAGCUUGUCAGUUUACUCUUGAAAAUAAUAAAACUAGCAACGUACUUAGUUGGGUGUUUUACAUGUGUGUCUUGUCUCCGGUUGCUUUUAAAGACAUUUCACGUGUUUGCUUAUAUGUUACUAUGUUAGCAGUUGGAUUACUGUAUAUAUGUAAAUGCUGCUCUUGCCCGUAUUUAAAAGAUUUUGUUGUACUCUGACAUACAGUACGUCAGAAAUGAACACUACUCUCGACUAACUGAUAUAAUCAAAUCGGUUAAAGAAAGCCGAAAUGAUUGAAAUUAACAAAUUAAAAUAGUUUUAACAAAAAAAAACUGUCUACGGUAUUUAGAUAUUGCUGAUAAAAUUCGUAACAAAUGUGGACAAUCAAGCAAAACAAAUAAAUAUUUAAAAAAUAUAUAUUGAAGCUUCUUGAAAUAAAAAGUAACUGCAUUGUUGUUCUUUAUGCAAAAUGUUAAGAAACACUAAAGGUUUUUUGUAAGCCUUCCUGCUGUUUGUGUUUUAUAUGGUGUGAACUCAGCUGGAAGGGACAUAUUCUUUGGAUCGCUACACUCUUAGCACUGUUGUUGUUUACAUAAAAAAAAGAGAACUAAAUUAGAAUGUUUAUUUUUUGUUACUGCUAAUUUGUUAUUCCCAUUAAUAUGUGUAUUAAUAUGUGUACUUUAGCUCUGAUCUGUGAAAUCCACUCAGCAGCUUCAUAUUUUAUUGGUAAAGUAGGCGGGAUAUUUUCUAUUCAUUUUCAACAGUUUUGACCAGUAUGUUUAAUGCUGUGAACAAGUUUAAAUAAAUGUUAAAACAUUAAAAGAAUAAAUAAACUAUUGCAAUA